AUUGUCGCUUUUAAACAUGGAAGAAAAACACUCACCUGAGCUUAUUCGGUUUAAAAAAUCUUCAGGAGUUAUAAAAUUGAAGAUAAAAAAGAAGAAGCUGACUCAAAACUCAUCAAAACGGAUUUCAAACGCCUUGAAACCUAUCAAUGGACGAAUUCAAGAUGGACGCUCACAGGAGUUAAAGCGAGCGAAUCCUUUUAAGUGUUCUCCGAGGAAAAAGGCGAAUCUCUCCGCAGAAGAGAAAACUUCAGAAUGCAGGCUGUUUAGUGCCCUCGAUGGACUGGACGAGAAUCAGGAAAAUAGAUCCACAAACACUGUUCAUGAAACAAGUAAUAACUCACAACAGCAAAAUACUGGCAAUAGCCUGGAAACUGACGUUGCUGAUUCUCCACUCACUGUGACUAAAGGGAAAAUGGGCGAGAAUGAUGGUUCAGAAUUUUUUCCUUUAGACUGGAGCUUAAAAACUAAAGUAAGAUUUUCUUCUUCCAAGACGUUUAAUUGGUGUGGGACAUUGAAGACAUUUGACGAAGGUGCUGGUAUAUCACAUUUUGUUCGUUGCAAAACAAAGGAAAUCGAUUCAAAUGGAAAUGGUGCUUCUCAUUCUGAAUCAUUUUGUUCCUUUACCAAAGUUUGGAUGCACCCUUCUCUACCGUGGCUUGAAAUUUUUCCACGUAAAUCAGCCGAUGGUAGAACUAGUUUGAAAAGACAUUUUCUAAUCACGGAAGAAAUGGCAUCUUCUCUUCACCAUGACUGGGUGUCCAGUUUUCGCUCCGUCUUCAACAUGGUGCGCGUUGGUUUUUGUCCUUACUUUUAUCUAGUUGCAAAUCAGAACACUAUGCUUUUUCAGGCAGCUGGAAUAAACAGGGAUGAUGCAGUUCAAGUGGUUAUAACACCCACGACCAAAGGUUUCCGGGAUGCAUUGAGGAGUGAAGGAAUUAACUUUACCAUGCCGCACUUGGAGGUCAAAGGAAAGAAAGAGUCUGGGCCUGGAUCUAAGGAUGAGGACUCAGACGAAGAGGAAGAUGCUGAGCUUGAGAAUGAUUCUGAUGAUGAGAGUAUUGACAAGUGUGAGUGGCUAGAAAGCAUGGGACUUGAUAAGGAACAGUUUCCACUGUUAAACCCCAAAGUUGUUACACCACAUCAGAGGAACAAUCUAAGAAGCUUAGAUCAACAACCAACUUCUACAGUGUUAGUGAGAGGAGUUGAUACUCUUGCAUUGUUUAACUUCCUACUCAACUGUAAAAGUUUAACAGCCAACACUGGACCACAAGCUCAGGUGCCACCAACACUGCUGGCCCCUGUUGCAUUUGAAGGAGCCACUUUAAAGGGUCUGAAGGUAAACCAAGGGACCAUGAAGCAUCAAAAAGCUAAGGCUAUGGCACAGUUAUACAGCCUGGAGAUUUCUGGUCCAAUCCUUCCUGGCUGUCUGUAUGAACUGUGUCAUCUACUGAGGGAAUCACAAGGAGGAGACUUCAAAGCCACCUUCUUUGUGCACCAACCAUCAGUAGCAUUUAAUGUCCCAAGCAUUAAAACAGAGAAAAACUAUAUUCAGAGUGGGUGUAAUUUACAGCAAAGUAUCUCACAUGGACAGUGGAGACACUACCUGGAGGCAGAAAAACUUAAGGAAAUGUGUUUAAAAGACCUUAGCUGCAAAGACAAACUUUUCUCUUGGACAACUUGAGUAAGUCACUGCAGCCAUUUAAAUAAUUUUUCCACAACAAGUACAGUCGUUUGAAUUUAAAAUGCAGCUGGAUCUUAAUGGAAUCAAUAUUUACAGGGCAGCAGAAGUGUACUUGGCUUAACUUAAUUCU